AUGGAUUUCGCACCGUAUCAAGACGAAUCGCCCGAAGUCGAGCGGGCUCUUUCUCCCCCUCCGAAUAACCAUCUCCGGUCUCCUCAGUCGCCUCCCGUCGCGGGUCCUCUACCAUCACCCGGUCACUUUACCAGCAAAGGACAAUAUACAACACAAAGCGGUGGUAUUGGGAAUACAGGAGGAUUUGGGCCAGAUGUCGAAACAGGGCGAUGGAAUUUAGGGGCAUUCGACACAAGUCUCCCGAUUCGGAUGGAUUAUGAAGCGAUGCUGGCAUAUCUGCUUCUACCUCCGGCGGGAGGUGUCUUUCUGUUGCUGUUUGAGCACAAGAGCGACUACGUUCGGUUCCAUGCGUGGCAAUCGAGUAUGCUCUUCACGGCUAUCUUUAUCCUCCAUCUGAUCCUAUCGUUCUCGAGCUUUCUCUCAUGGCUUUUAUUUAUCUGCGACCUCGCUUUGAUUGCAUUUCUGAGUCUCCAUGCCUAUAGAGAUGUGGACACACUCGAACAUUUUGAAGUCCCAUUUUUCGGUCGUCUUGCAAAUUCCUUCGUUGAUGAUGAGUGA